AUGAGUUCUUCAUCAUCUAAUAGCAGUAGUCCAUGUGGAAAUUCUCCAAAAAAUCGUAGUAAAGGUACACCUUACAUUCCUAGUUAUCUUGAAAAAGGACAACUUUGUAAUGUAUGUGGUGAUGAGGCUACUGGUCUCCAUUACCGUGCCAUAACUUGUGAAGGAUGCAAAGGAUUUUUUAGAAGAACUGUUCAAAGAAAACUUGUAUAUACUUGUAAAGAAGAUGAGAAAUGUGAAAUAAACAAGAAUACAAGAAAUAUUUGUCAAAGAUGUCGUUUUUUGAAAUGUAUUUCUAGUGGAAUGAGUACUGAAUCAGUCUUAAAUGAUAAUGAAAGAACAGCAAAAAGGCAAUUGAUAAAAGAGAAUAGAGAAAGAAAAAAAUUAGAACAUAUAUAUGAAGUUUUUCAAAAAAAAAGUUCUUUGACUGAUUUAGAAAAUGUUCCAUUAAAGAUUGAUCAUCUUCCUGGAGCUGAAAAAGAUGAUAAUUUAAAGUGGCACUGUGUUAUGGCUCCUAUUAUUAAAAGAACACUUUCAUUUGCUAGAACUAUAGAAGUUUUUACAUCUUUGUCAUUAGAUGAACAGGAACUUUUAUUAAGUAAAGAAUCAUGGCUUGAAAUUCAACUUCUUAGAUUGCUUCAUCAAUAUGAUCCUGAAAAAAAGUGUUUCUUCUCAGUUGAAACAGGAAAAAAAAUUUAUCCACAUGAAAUUCAGAUCAAUGAAACAUUUAUGCGUGAUAUGCAAAAUCUAGCUGAUUCAUUUAUUAAACUUCAAUUUGAUAAUUCUCAAUUAGCCAUGAUAUCAGCAAUAUUUAUAAUCAAUCCUGAUGUUAUAGAUUACAAUCACAUUGCAAUGGAGCAUCAUAACAAAUUUUGGAGAUGUCUACAAUGCCUUACAGAACAUAACCCUUCCUAUUCACCCCAACUUUCCAGAUGGCCAAGAAUAUUAUCCAAAAUUUCUCAUUUUAGAAUUUUAGUAAAUAGACAUCUUCCAAGUUUUAUGACUGCUUCCAAUGCAAGUGAUAUAGAAAAAAUUUUUACUCUUUAA